UGAGAGCAGGAUGUGGCCACUUUAUCCCUCACAGCUAAAGUUUUCAGCCCCAGAGUCCUAGCUUUGCCUCGGGACAAUUUAGGUUUGCUGCUGAGAGCCAAAUGUGAAGAAGAAACCUGGAGCCAAGGAAGCUCGCCAGAGCUCUGCGGAGAGGGCCAGAGCCUUGCUGAAGGAGACAGAGAGAGGAAAACAAGUUUAAAAAUCCUCCACGAAGUGUGCUAUGCUCUGCCAUUUAUUCCCAAAGCUCCUGGAGGCAUUCCCCUCAGGAAAGGUGGAGUUGGUGGCUAGACGCCGGAUGUGAGAAGACCUCCUGGGAGGACGGACUAAUCCAUUUUUUGAAUUUCCUAUGUGGGGACAGUCUUAGAGCCCCGGCAAGGCUUUGAGACGCCCCGAAGAUGAGUGCUAACAGCCACGCCGUGAGCCAACUUCUCUGGCAGGGCCCCAUGUGCGUUGGCUGGAAGCGGGAUCUGGAAGGGGCGGUCUACCAUCUGGCCAACUGCUUGUUGCUCCUGGGCUUCAUGGGGGGCAGCGGGGUGUAUGGAUGCUUCUACCUCUUUGGCUUCCUGGGCACGGGCUACGUGUGCUGUGUGAUGUGGGGCUGGUUUGAUGCUUGCGGCCUGGACAUCAUCCUCUGGAGCUUCCUGCUGGCAAUGGCCUGCCUGCUCCAGCUGGCUUACCUGAUCUACCGCCUGCGCAGGAACACCCUCCCUGAGGAGUUCGAAGUCCUCUACAAGACACUGUGUCUACCCCUGCAGGUGCCUCUGCAGGUGUACAAGGAGAUUGUUCACUGCUGUGAGGAGCAGGUCUUGACUUUGGCCACUGAGCAGACUUACGCGGUGGAGGGCGAGACACCCAUCAACCGCCUGUCCCUGCUACUCUCUGGCCGGGUUCGUGUGAGCCAGGAUGGGCAGUUUCUGCACUACAUCUUCCCUUACCAGUUCAUGGACUCUCCUGAGUGGGAAUCGCUGCAGCCUUCAGAGGAGGGAGUGUUCCAGGUCACUCUGACUGCCGAGACCCCGUGUAGCUACAUUUCCUGGCCCCGGAAAAGUCUCCACCUUCUUUUGACCAAAGAGCGAUACAUUUCCCACCUCUUCUCGGCCCUGCUGGGCUAUGACAUCUCAGAGAAGCUCUACGCUCUCAAUGACAAGCUCUUUGCCAAGUUUGGGCUGUGCUUCGACAUCCGCCUCCCCAGCCUCUACCACGUCCUGGGGCCUGCGGCCUCCGAUACAGGGCCAGAGUCGGAGAAGGAUGAUGAGGAAGCCCGUGAACCAGCCAUGCCCACAUCCGCCCAGCAAACACCCCCUCGCUCUCCUCUUCCGGCUUCUGCCGGCCCCCCUGCACCUCCUUCCCGGGCCAGGAUGUCCAGGCCCGACAGCGGCCUCCUGGCUUCUAGAACUCCUCUCCAUAGUUACUCUCAAGUUAUGUCCAGGGGACAGGCCCCCUUGGCUCCAACCCACACUCCUGAACUUUAAGGAUCCACAGGCUACCUUUUUCUCCGGCCACACGAAUCUUCACAGAGGGGUCACCUGAGUGCACACCCCGUCUUACCCACUAGAAGGCUCCUGGGCCAGGUCGGAGCAGACCCAGGAGACGCCGGUGCUAUAGCUACGCCAAGGGCCCCCAGCAGCUUGUGCCGAUUUGCCCUCACCAGCAUUCCUUCCAGAAGAAGGCACCCAAAAAUGCAAAAGCACUGAUUGCAUCCUUCACUAACUGCAGAAUCUUGGGCAAGUUCCAGAGGCUCUCUGAGCCUCUCCUGUAAAGUUGGGACUUAUAAAACCCAUCUCACAGGGUUGUUGUGAGCAUCGAAUGAGAUGACUUAGGUAACGCACCUCAGACAUGGCGUGGCACCUCGUAAGCACUCAAUAAAUCACUCGGGCUUUUUUCCCUUGUUGUUUCUUGGAACUGUCUGAAAGGGUCUCUGAAGUCAGCUAGCCAAGAAGUUUUCACGGUUUGCUAGUUUGUUUGUUGUUUUUUCCAGUUAGAUUCAAUUUAUGGAAGUAGAAAUUUAAAAACCUAGUUUUCCCUUAAGCUUUUAAGUUCAACUUACAAAUCUCUUGUUCUGUUUAGGACCCUAGCAUUAAACAAUAGUUUUUAGGGGGACUUUAACAAACUCAGUUAAUUAAAUUUCCUUAAAUAUUUUAAAGUGGGUUUAUACAUUUAACACAUUCUAUUUUACUUUUUCCAACAUAUAUUCCAGUUAUCCAUUGUUGUGUAACAUUCAUACCUGAAAUGGUGACUUCCAUAGUUUAUUUUGCUGAUGCAUGUGGGGCUUGACUGGGCCCCGCUGGGCUAUUCUCACUCAAGGUCUCUCAUGCUGUCAUGUUCAGAUGGUGGCUUGGGCUAGAGUCAUCUCCAAGACUUCUUCACUCAUGUUUGGGGCCUAAUCUGGGGACACUCAAACAGCUGAGGACCGAAACAGCUGGGAGUCCUGGGGCAUCUCUCUCUCUCUCUCUCUUUCUCUCUCUCAAUAGUUUGUUCAUUGUGUUGCUGUUUGCAAAAUUGCUGUUGCAGUUACUUGUUACAUGAAUAUACCAUAAUUUAUUUGUCAAUUCUACUGUUGAUGGGCAUUUGGGUUGUUUCUAGCUUGGGGUGAUUAUGAGUAGUACUGGUAUAAGCACUCUUGAAUGCAUUUCUUGGUACACAUAUGUGUACAUUUCUGCGGCAUAUACCUAAGACUGAAAUUACUCAAGUAUUGGGUACGUGUAUGUUCAACUACAGUAAAUACUGCCAAACAGUUCCCUAAGUGAUUGUACCAAUUAAUAUUUCCACCAGCAGUAUGUGAGAGUUCUAGAUGUUUCUCAUCCUCCCAAUGGUUGACCCUUGUCAUUUUAAAAAAAUAUUUUAGCCAUUUGGGUGUAGGUAACAGCAUAUUGUUGUGGUUUUAAUUUUCAUCUCCCUGAAGAGUAAUAAGGUUGAGUAUUUUUUCAUGUUUUUAUUAGCCGUAUAGAUACCCUCUAUUGUGAAGUGUCUAUUCUUAUUCUUACCCAUUUCUCUAUUUGUUUGUAUGCUUUUGCUUAUCGACUUAAAAUAAUUCUUCAAAUAUUCAAGUUAAAAGUCCUUCAUUGCUUA